AUGCCUGCGCAACGCUGGACGAGCGCUGAACUGUACGACGGCGACGACGACGACGACGAGGACGCGGAGGAGCAGCCAGUUGUGCGCAAUGGAGUUCAGCCAGCGACCAAGUCAACCAGCAACACGACUCAGGGCAACCCGCCAGUGCUCGUGUCGCGCAUCCAGGCGCUCUUUGUUCUACGGCGGUUUGACAGUGCCAUGGACGAGUGCCGCCGCGCGCUCAUCCAGCUUACACGGGCGACGACGAGCGGGGCGGACUCGGUUCACACGCCUCCAGCGCGCUCCCAAGCGACUACUACUACUGUGACGACUACGACUGCUGCUGCUGCUGCUGCUGCUGCGAAUGGCGGUCGUGGACUGGCUGGCUCUGGCUCUGGCUCUGAUUCGCGCUCCGGCUCUUUGGCUGCUCCCGUCGGCAACCACUCGGCUCAAUGCAGCCCGACAUGCGAAUGUCUACCGUUUGCAGAGGUGUACUGCAUGCUGGCAACACGAACGCACCAGACCUCAACGCUAUUGCCGUUCUUUGAGUCCGUGUAUGGCAGGCCAGACGACGGCAGCGGAGUGUUUGACUCGGUUUGCUGCCAUCUCCCUCCUCGAGUUGUGAUUGCAGUUGCUACCGCUUUGAAAGUAGAAAACGACAGCCCUGCUGCCAAAUCUCUGCUCGAGCUGUACUUGGUGGGCGCCGACUUUAGUCGGUGGGGCCUGGACGGAGCGCAUCAAGACCAGUACGAGCGACUCGUCGAGCUGUACACGUUGCACGUACUUGCGCCGGCUGGGCUUUUGACCCAAGCAACGGCAUUUCUCGAAUCCAACACGGCACUCAAUGACGAGCGGCGGCAGGAGAAAGCGCUUGCUGCACAACUUGCAAUCGAACUCCAGCGGAGCUCUACGGCUGCUCAAUCGCACCCCUCUGGCGCCGAGUCUUCAGUCGCAAUGCCCUCGUUGACCAAUGGGGAUCGCAGUGCCAGCCGUACCCAGCAGCCGCCAGCGCAGCCGCAGCAGUCGUCGAUUCUCGCCCCGUUGCGAGCCACUCAGCCAGCGGCAACAGCUUCUGGACUGCACCAAACCCUUUCCGUAUUUCGCCACCUGCUCAGGUCUCCCGUCGGAUUGGUGCGCACGGCUGCAAUGGGUCUUGCGCUUUUGUGUUUGAUUUCGAUUCUUCUCGUGCUUCGGCGACGCGGCUGGACCGGUCGCACUCUCCUCUGGCCACUCCUAUGGCUCUGGCUGCUGAACAUGGCAACUCAGACAGUCCCGGCAAUCCCCGCCAACCAGAGCAGCAGCAACAAGCCUGUUGACCUCUUCCGCAACACCCAUGUGCGGUAUCUUGGCUAUGCGAACGAGCUUGGCGAGGCCUUCCGUGCAUUCAUCCCAGUGCAGCUGGUGCGCGCGUCGUACGUGGCUGCGUUCGGCUACGGCCUUGCAGACGCGACCCACAAGUCGCUCGCUGGGUAUGCGCGGCAGUCGCCUGCCAGUCACACUGCUGCAAUCAAGGCAGCCACGGCGGGCGUCCCUGGCCUGAGCAGCAUCUCGCCAACGGGCAUCCAGGCGAUCGAGUCGUUUGUCGACACGGCCCUGUGGCAGACUGCAGCCACCGUCCUCAUCCCGGGAUUCACCAUCAAUCGCACCUGUGCACUCACGAGCUUCCUGCUGGCUCGGUACGCGCCAACGGUCGGCGAGGGCAUGCGCAAGGCAAUGACAACCGUCGUCGGGCUCGGCGUCAUCCCGCUCAUCAUUCACCCAAUCGACUCGUUCGUGGACCAGACAAUGGACAAGACGUAUCGCGCAUGGGUUAAGGAGCAUCUCUUUGGCGAGAAGCCAUGA